UGCUGCUUCACCAUUUACCGCAUUUUGAACAAGAGAGGACCGAAGACAAGAAUUGCAGGCUGGAGUGCACAAGCCAGCUAGGUGACUCAUCUAUCAUGGCGUCACUCUAGGGAGCCAUCGAAGGUUGAAGCAACAACCAUCAGCAGAGGAGCUGUCCGGUUUCUUGCUUUGCAGGCACGCUUGCAAAUUCUGGCAUCCUCCAAACCAUAAAGGGGCCUCUGAAAUGCUGCAUUGGGUCCGUUUGCUAGUUGCUUUGGCGUCAACACUUACGAACACCAAUCACCGUACCUUCAGUUAGAAUAUACCAGCCAUGCAGGCAGAUCCGGAAAGCGACCUCACCCCCGAGCAGAGGGGCCCGAGCAGCACGCUCGACAAGCUAGCUGCUGAAAAGGAGGAGACAACCGGCGCGCCCUCGCACCCCCUCCCAAUCGAUGACGAUGAGCCGCCACUACAGCAGACAAUGAGCAGGGCCGAUAAGAACGUGGCCGAAGCCCCCGCCGCAGAUGAAGAGGGCCGGCGGCCUAUGCCGAAAAAGAGCGACCAUGUAGCAUACGUGGAGAAGGAGCUCAAGGAUUGGCAUACCAAGUGGUGGGAGGUGUGGAAGGACCCUGUGACGACGGCUUAUGGAUGCUGCCUGCCGUGCUCGCUGGCAGGGCAGAAUGUGAACAGGGUCUCUGAUGGGGCGCAAGGUUUCUGGAAGCCGUUCAUCAUUGAGUGCCUGCUGUUGGGGCCUGUGUUUGGCUGGUGCUACACGUACAAGUGGCGGCGGCAGUUGCGGGAACAGAAUGAGCUGAAGGCGGCCCCAUUCGGCGAUUGCCUCACUGCCUUCUUGUGCCAUCAAUGUGCCCUUUGCCAAGAACAGAGGGAGAUCAAAGCCACAGAGUCAGGCGCAAUUCAAGGCCCAACGAAACCGACCAUUGACAGAGGUCCAUCAGGCAAACUAUAGACUGCGCACUUCAGACGUACAGGACCGUCUCUUCUUUGUUCAUCACACGUGGUUGAAGUUGCGAGCUAAGAAGUACGGUACAGUGACCCUUACAUACCGCGUUUCAACAAGAUAAGCAGGUCAUGAGUUUACCGCCAUAUUUUGAUGUAAGUUUGUACAUUCUACUCGAACUAGCUAAAAACAGGAGAGCUAGACAAGGCUCCCCCCCUCUUUGACGGUGUCGACUUCAAGCGAAGCCAUGCAGGGCCCAGGCCGUUGGUCUCGAUCUGGC